CUGUGUAAGGAUGAUACUGAGGUCAACCUCUUGCAGUGGAGUGUACGAGAAGGCAUCAAAGAGGCGCAGGGUGGGCUGACGACGCAAAGAUAUCCAAACACCAUCACGGACCCAACACAUGCACUUCACCUGAGUGGUCGCGGCUGGAUGGACCUCGAAUCUACAAUAGAGGGGGAGGACCAGAAGGAAGAGGGUCAGCAAGGCGGUUGA